AUGGAGGCCGAGGCAGGCGGCCUGGAGGAGCUGACGGACGAGGAGAUGGCGGCGCUGGGCAAGGAAGAGCUAGUGCGGCGCCUGCGGCGGGAGGAGGCGGCGCGCCUGGCGGCACUGGUGCAGCGCGGCCGCCUCAUGCAGGAGGUGAAUCGGCAGCUGCAGGGCCACCUGGGCGAGAUCCGCGAGCUCAAGCAGCUCAACCGGCGUCUGCAGGCAGAGAACCGUGAGCUGCGCGACCUCUGCUGCUUCCUGGACUCGGAGCGCCAGCGCGGGCGGCGCGCCGCGCGCCAGUGGCAGCUCUUCGGGACCCAAGCAUCCCGGGCCGUGCGCGAGGACCUGGGCGGCUGUUGGCAGAAGCUGGCCGAGCUGGAGGGCCGCCAGGAGGAGCUGCUGCGGGAGAACCUGGCGCUUAAGGAGCUCUGUCUGGCGCUGGGCGAAGAAUGGGGCCCCCGCGGCGGCCCCGGCGGCGCGGGGGGCUCAGGAGCCGGGCCAGCACCCGAGCUUGCCUUGCCCCCGUGCGGGCCCCGCGACCUAGGUGAUGGAAGCUCCAGCACUGGCAGCGUGGGCAGUCCGGAUCAGUUGCCUCUGGCCUGUUCCCCCGAUGACUGAAGGCACUGCUUCCUCCACGCCGACGCCCGCCCGGAUUGCUCCCCGAGCCCCAGGACCGCUGUGGACCUCGGGACCUGGACGCCCUCCUGGCUGCGCAGGAGGGGCCGCUGGCAUGGACUAAGAAAUCCUGACACCAAGAAGGGCCCCUCGCUCUUGCUGGCAGGGCAGCAGGGGGACUGAAGGCUGGAGCGGAGGGACUUGCUGGGGGUUGGAUUGGGGGUAAUAAACCCGGACGGAAGCGGA